AUGGGCAUCUCUUUAUUCUUCUUCUUCUUGUUUAUGAGAUUGUUUGCAGAGAUUAAUGGAGGGAGCCAAGAUGAUGAGUGCAAGGCGUCAAGGUGCAGUCACCAUGGUCCAGUCAUCCGGUUUCCGUUCAGGCUAAAACACCAGCCAGAACACUGUGGAUAUCCGGAGUUUGAGUUAUCAUGCUCAGAAGAGAAGCGGACCAUACUAGAGCUGCCCUCUUCAGUAAUACUCUGGGUGAAGGAAAUAAAUUACACUUCUCAGGAGAUUUUUGUCCAAUACCCGGAUGAUUGCCUUCCAAGGCAGAUUCUAAACCUUAAUUUACCUGCCUCUUUCUUCACAUACUACACAAACGACUUCUCCUUCUUCAAUUGUUCUGAAAGUAAAGCAGAGAUAUAUGAGCUUAGGUCCAUCCCUUGCAGUUUUCUCUCGAGUAACCCAGUUUAUGUCGCUCCUUCCUAUUACACUCUUGCUGGAGUGAACUUAUCAUCUUGCCGGAAGAUUUUCAAUGCUACACUCCCAUUUUUUUAUAUAAAUGAAGGGGAAUUUUGGAUGAAGUGGUUAAAACCUAUGUGCGGAAACUGUGAAGCAAAAGGAAACAAGUGCCAACGGAAGAAGAAUAAUAGCAGGGAACCUGAAAUCAAUUUAUUCUCUCAAGUAACCCAGUUUAUGUCGCUCCUUCCUCUUACUCUCUCGCUGAAGUGA